AUGAGCUCAUUCAAGGUCAAUAGCACUAUCAAAGCGUUUGGCGGGUACAUCCACAAGCUGUCUCACAAGUCUGAAGCACUCGGUGGACUUGAAGCGAAUCUCAAUAUCUUCAUUCCAGCCAAAGAGCUGAAGAAAGAUCAGGCGCUGUGGCCAGUGCUCUACUACCUGGGCGGCUUGACCUGUACCGGCGACAAUGGCCUUGAAAAGGGCAACAUCCUCGGAGCAGCGGCUGAAAGUGCCAUCGCAUGCGUUUUCCCUGAUACGUCUCCACGGGGAGCUGGUAUUGACGGCGAAGAGGAGAGCUGGGACUUUGGUACUGGUGCUGGCUUCUACAUUGAUGCAACGACGCCUGGAUACAAAGACCAUUACCGCAUGGAGACGUAUAUCACGUCGGAACUGCCCAGGUUGCUCAACAAGGAGUUUUCGCUGGAUGCCAGCAAGACAUCCAUCUUCGGUCAUUCGAUGGGUGGUCAUGGUGCGUUAACGCUUUACCUCAAACAUCCUGAUCUCUACAAAUCCGUUUCUGCCUUUGCACCCAUUUGCAACCCAACACAGUGUGACUGGGGAAAGAAGGCCUUCAAGGGCUACUUUGGCGAGGACUCAAAAGCGAAUUGGGCAAAGCAUGAUGCAACUGAGCUGCUGAAGUCGUUUGAUGGUGAAAUACAUGGACUGGUGGACAGUGGCACGGGUGAUCAAUUCUACAAGCAAAAGCAAUUGCUGCCUGAGACCCUGCAAAAAGUUGCUCAAGAAAAGGGUCAGAAGGGCCUGGAGGUACGCUUGCAGGAUGGUUAUGACCACUCUUACCCAUCCAUCAUUGCGAGCUUCGCACCAGAGCAUGUCAAGUUCCACGCCAAAUUUCUCAACGCAUAG